UCGCCUUGACUGAAGGUUGAAAUAAGACUGGAGCGGAGUUUUCCUCAUCUUUUCCUCAUAUUUUAGUCAUUUCAAUUGCACUUAGAGUGUCAGCAAAACGUGUCCAGAAACAAACAUGACGUUGCCGAAGUGGGAGCGAAAAGUGCGCAUACUUCUGUGCGUUUUCGGUUUGUUUUUGUCUGUUUAUGCGCUUCACGUCGAGCUGUCCCGAGAGAGCGACCCAGAUUACAGGGCGAUGUGUGACCUGGGGGAGUCUGUGAGCUGCUCCAAAGUCUUCACCUCCAGAUGGGGACGUGGUUUUGGUUUGGUCCAGUUCUUUGUUGCCAAAGAUAGCCCUCUGAACCAGCCCAACAGUGUGCUUGGCAUCAUAUUUUACACUCUGCAGAUGGGCCUUGGACUGUCGCUCUCCAAAAAAGCAGCCAUGUUUUUGGUCUUCUCCUCCUGGGUGUCUGUGGCCGGCUCAAUCUAUCUUGCAUGCAUUCUGGCCUUUGUUCUGGGGGAUUUCUGCAUGGUCUGCGUGUCAACAUAUAUCGUUAACUUUGCGUUGCUCUACACCAACCUAAAAAGAAGGAGAGCAAUUGAAGGAAUGAAGGAAAAGGCAAGAUAGAAAGUUCCACAUGCGAAAUUCAACACCUUUUUUUGUGCUGAGCUGAAGCCACACUGGAUCUGAAAAGCAAAUUCUCUCCCACAGUAUUUUGGCGAUGUUUAAGCCUGUUAAGACUUUUCAGAGAAACAGGACUGGAGAUGAAUCUCAGAGGAUAUAUAAGAUGAUUUUUAGUACAGAAACCUCCUGAAGCAGCAGUCAUAUUUUGUAUAUCAAUGUGUAUUUGUGAUACUGAUUACACACUUUUGAAUACUA